GAACACAUCUCUUUUGCUUUUCUUAAAUACCAUGAGGGCUUUCUUCCACUCUUUCGUUCUGUUAGCCUGGCUAGGUGUAGACGUUUUAGCCACCAAAUCUGCUGGCCACAUCGCCAUUCGAGUCGAAGAUGCGGGUGACGACCUCGAUGAAUGGCUGGCAGCAGCACAACGAGUAUCAGCAGAGGCUCUCAAGGCUUGCCCUUCAUCCUUGACCUCGAGCGCUGAAUGGUUCUUAUUUCCCGAUGCUUCGAAGCUGUCACUGUGUAACGAAACUAUGCUACUCGACAUGGUAGUCAAAUCAGCUCUCAACGAUAACGCUGCGCGAACAGUGGUUAGGGCCUGCUCAGCCGACUACAAUUCCGGCGUCAAGGCUGCAUUUGAAACCGAAGAGGGGAAAGCGUCUCUUUGUACGACUGCCAACCGAGUCUUGGAACAGAAUUUCAUUUACCUGCACCAACCGCAAGUAGAAGCCGACAACGAGUUCUCCAUGAGUCAUUUCCUUUCAGCUGGCCGCCAGAUCGCCAAUCAUCUUGAGGUACAGAAGCCUUCCUGUACUAACAAUGCAAUGGAGUUCGCAUACUCUCAGUCGUCAAGCAUUGGUCUCUUUGCUGGAGCUGAAGUCCAUCAGCACGGGAUCAGUAAGGUCGUUCUAGAGAAGCUUCUUCAAAAAGCGCAGGACAAAUCCAUCUCGAAGACCACCGUAGUACAGCUAUGCGAAUCCGAUGGCCGUGGAGCAGACUAUAGUUUCGGAAUUAUCGCCACGAGUUCAAAGAAUCUCGCAUUGGUUCAGGAAGCUGUGAGGACCUGGGCCAGUGGAGCUUGCAUGCCAUUCACAGGGGGCGAGAAGUUGAUGAACAUUGAUCUCCGAGUCCCCGGCCCUACUAUUGGCGCCUCAAACAGUACGAAUACCACAGAUGCAUCGAUGGGAACUAGAUCACGUCUCAGCAUCAGGGCUGAUUGCAGGACCACUACAGUCCAGUCGGGCGAUGGCUGUGCUGUAGUCGCAAGUCGGUGCGGAAUAAGUCAGAUUGAUCUCCAAAAGUUCAACCGCCUUGAUAUCUGCAAGACACUUGUAAAAGAUGAAAAGGUCUGCUGCAGCACAGGAUCUCUGCCAAACUCUUUACCUGCUGGCAAUUCGGACGGUACCUGCAAAACGAUAGAGGUAGUAAGCGGCGAUAGCUGCGGCUCUCUUGCUUCAAAGUGCGGCAUCAGCGCAGCAGACUUCAUGAAGGCGAAUACGAAGACUGAUCUCUGCUCGAAGUUAGGCGAAGGUCAGAAGGUUUGCUGCUCGAAUGGCAACUACCCGGAUUUGAAGCCAAAGAAGGAUGCCAACGGCAAUUGCGCCGUAUACACCACAAAAAAAGACGACUAUUGCUCUAAGAUCGCUGUCUCUCGCGAUCUUACAGUGACUGAGCUCGAAAGUUUCAACAAAAAGACAUGGGGUUGGAAUGGGUGCGACCGUCUUUUCCCAGACUUCAAAAUGUGUGUCAGUGAAGGCAGCCCCCCCAUGCCUGCCAAUGUUCCGAACGCUGUGUGUGGGCCAACAAUGAAUGGCACGACUCUACCGUCCGCUGGAACAGACCUGGCUACCCUCAAUCCAUGCCCACUUAACGUUUGCUGUAAUAUCUGGGGCCAGUGUGGCAUGACUGAUGACUUUUGCGUUAUAUCCAAGUCCGAGACGGGUGCUCCCGGAACUUCUGCUCCUGGUAAAAAUGGCUGCAUCAGCAACUGCGGCAGAGACAUUAUCAAGGGUUCAGCUCCAACAAGUAAGAUCAAGCUGGCAUAUUAUGAGAGCUGGAAUUUUAAUCGCCCUUGCUUGACAAUGAACGUCGACGAAAUAGAUACGUCCAUCUAUACCCACAUACAUUUCGCAUUUGCGAAUGUAACUCGGGGCGACUACCGAGUUGAAAUUACCGACCCCAAGGUCCUGGAACAAUUCGAAACUUUCAAGGGUAUGACAGACGUGAAGAAGAUUAUCUCCCUUGGUGGCUGGGCAUUCAGCACUGAGCCAGGAACCUUCCAGAUUCUCCGCGAGGCCGCACAACCUGGCAACCGUGAGAAAUUUAAGAACAACCUUAUUUCCUUCAUGAACGAACACAAUCUCGACGGCAUUGACCUCGAUUGGGAAUAUCCAGGGGCUCCCGACAUCCCGGAGAUUCCCUCCGACGAUCCUGUGAACGGCCUGAACUAUUACAGGCUUCUCUCUAGCCUGAAGGCCUCCGUUGGAUCUUCCAAAUCGAUCUCUUUCGCAGCACCGGCAUCGUAUUGGUAUCUGAAGUCUUUUCCUAUCAAGAGCAUGGCCAAGGAUCUGGACUACAUCGUCUAUAUGACCUAUGAUCUUCACGGCCAAUGGGACUACGGUAACAAGUGGACGUCACCUGGUUGCGACACAGGAAACUGUUUGAGGUCCCACAUUAAUGAGACUGAAACCAAGGAUGCCCUGUCAAUGGUCACCAAGGCAGGCGCAGCUUCGAACAAGAUUGUGGUUGGCGUUGCUAGCUAUGGGAGAUCAUUCAAGAUGGCUCAAUCUGGGUGUGACUCUGAAGAAUGUAGAUUCACUGGAUCGUCUAGACUGUCAAACGCUGCGAAAGGACGCUGCACGGAAACCGCAGGCUACAUUUCGAACGCAGAGAUCGACGAGAUUAUUGAGUCUGGUAAUGUUAAGAAGAAGUGGACGAGCGAAGGGUCAAACAUCAUGGUCUAUAACGACACUGAAUGGGUGGCGUGGAUGGACGAUGCCAUGAAAGAAUAUCGUGCACAGUUUUAUGACUCCUACAAUUUUGCUGGCACGACUGAUUGGGCUGUAGACCUGCAGACAUUCACUGAUGGAAGCGGUGGCGUCGACGACGACGAGGGUUAUACCGAUCUUAAUUACUGGUCCGAGUGCACAGGCAAGUACACUACCUUGGAGCAGCUCGAAGCUGGUAAGAACGACUUACCCGCCCACUGUGUUGAGCAGUACAUGCUUGAUGUAGAGAUCUCCAACUAUGAGGGCGCCCUGAAAAAGUACAAAGAGUUGAUGGAAAACGACUAUGAUAAGAAGUUUAAGGUCUACGAAAAAUAUUCUCGGGACCAAAUACCGGAGCAAAUCAACAACUUCAUGGCCACCGAUAAGGUCGACAAGUAUUUCAAUUGCAAAGAAACUCGCUACGUUACUUGCUGCUCAACUUGUAAAUAUCCUGGUUGCAUUCUGGACUGCUUCGAGGGCGGGAAGAACUGUAAAAACGGUCGUACGACUUUAGACAUCGCAUGUCCGAAGAUGGAAUUUGAAGGCAAAGGCCUAGAUGUUGAUGAAAGAAUCCCUAACGCUACCUUCAGUUUCAAAGACGAGAGAGGCUUCUGGGACGACCUCGGAGAGACUUGGGGUAUCGAAAAAUCAUGGGUAUCGUUUGGAACAAGGCGCAUGCAGUACAGUAACGGCUGUCAGUAUGCGGAGGACCGUGUCAACGAGUGCAUGGACGCUGCGCCUGACUGGUGGUACGACUACCCCCGAGCGAGCGAUAACAUCGAGAUCUACAACCCAAAGAAAGUUAUUGGGGAUUCCUACGACACAGCGAGCGGUACGCUAGAUCGAUUCAAGACGAUGAGAAUUGCUGGCCUUUAUGACGAGCAAACGCAGAUGGCCGACUUAGUUGAUGCCGCUUCUAUCCCGUCAUACUCAGCCGUCGAGGCUGUCGAGGCAAUGCAGAAGAUUGCUGGAAAGGCAGAUGAGCUGAAAAAGCAAGAACGGGAAGAGAUGAUUCUCAACUUCAUCAUGGGGAUUCUCUUCUUCAUCCCCGUGGCUGGUAGUGCUGCUGGUGCGGCGGGCUUGACAGCGGUCCGAAGUAUGCUUCGUCUCAUUGGUACAAUUGGUGAGGCUGGUAUGCUGGUGCAUAGCCUGAUAGAGAACCCUGAAAACGCUUUUAUGGUUAUCUUCAGCUCCUUAGCUAGUGCUGGUGUUGGUCGGAGUGGUUUUAAGAAUGCUGCUAAUGCUAGACGUGGCAUGAGCUCCAAGGAGUACGAAAGUCUAGGCACUAUAAAGGUAAAGCUUGACCAGAUAACAAGCAUUCGAGGAAGCUCGUGCAAGAUCUAA